AUGGGACUCAUUGAUGUUCCUCAGGACUUAUUUCCAGGCGUUGAGGAACUGGACCUCUCAUUAAAUCCUAUCGAAUAUCUUUAUAAUGUGUCCUUUAUACCAUAUCAAAAUAUUAGGAAACUGUCGCUGUACUAUAAUGAUUUAAAAGAGAUAGCUCCUGCAGCUUUUCAUUCUAUGCCAGAGUUGCAGUACUUAAACCUCGGAGCUAAUAAGUUUUUGGACGCUAUCACAUCAGAAAUGUUUCGACUUUGCAAAAAAUUGUCUCAUCUUAGUUUUACCGGUACUUCCUUAUUAAGAAUGUUCCCUAGUGACACCUUACGAUGGCUCCCAUCAUUGCAGAUGCUAGAUCUAAGCUACACUGGUCUUAGAUACAUCAAUAUUACUUCUUGUAAUUCAGCAAUUCAUAACCUGACUAUCGACCUGCGUGGCAAUAAAUUUGAAGCGCUUAUACCUACCACAUUCAAUAUCGACUGUCAGCUAGAUUUUCUCAAUCUCAACCGAUGUCGAGCCUUCAUCUUUCUUCUUGACCCGGACACUAUUGCAGCCAUACGCACAAGAUCUCUCUCCUUAGGUCAUAACAACCUUGCGCCAGAGAUUUGGCAACUGUUUUUCACAGGCAUUGGGAGCUCGGAGAUCGAGGAGCUUCGUUUAAGGAACACGAAUGUAGAGGAUGUCUAUCCUGAAUAUUUUGCACUUUUGGGAGGCAAGCGGCUAAGGGUUCUCGAUCUUAGUAAUAACGACUUGUCUGAUCUUGCCCAAAUGGGAUUUUUAACUUUACCAUUCAUUUCUACACUUGUUUUAGAUAGGUGUGAGAUUACUCAUAUAGAUCCCACAUAUUUUUCAAGAAUGAAAGGACUACGUGUUCUUCGGCUCAAUUUCAAUAACAUCUAUAAAAUCGGCCAAGAUGACAGCAAUUCUGCAUGGGACAUAGACUUACAAGAAUUGUAUCUGGUUUCCAAUUCCAUUGAGAUUAUACACGAAACAGCAUUUAAGGGCUUAACAAAUUUAACGAAAUUGGUCUUGAGGGGUAAUAAAGAUUUAUCAGAUGUUUGGAUAAGUGCAGUCACAGGUUUGAAUAACCUUCGCUACUUAGAUUUGUCGGGGUGUUUACUCACUACAAUAAUGCUACAUGCCCCUAAUCUUGAAACUUUUGUCUAUAGCAAUUGCAAACGCCUCGAUUACAUGAGCCAAAUCGGUGAAGUAUUCUCUCAGACUAAGUCAAUUAAACACGUGUUCUUGGGAAAUUCUAGUAUAACUUCGUUUUGGACUCCAUACACAAGUAAUAACAUAUCAUUGUUUCAGGGAAUGCGAAAUCUUAUAAGCCUUGAUGUAAAGAUGAAUCAAAUUGAUCUAUUGCAGGCUGGUUUAUUCGUAGAUCUCGUCUACCUAAUCCAAAUAGAUCUAAGCAACUGUCAAAUCAAAGUGAUUGAAGCGAAUGCUUUCGAAGGCCUUCAACGUUUACAUACUUUGUUCGUCCAGGGUAAUCGCUUUCAAUAUCUUCCACCUGAAGUUCUGAAGAAUGUCGGGCAGUUACAAAACAUUAACUUGGAAGACAAUCAAAUCAGGUAUCUUGAUAGAGACCUAUUUGUGAAUAAAUCAAAACUGAAAUAUCUAACUCUCGCUGACAACAGGUUGACUUUAGUCAACCAAAGUACGUUUCAACCGAUCCUCAAUACUCUAAGUUUCAUUGACAUUUCGAACAAUGAGUUGGGCUGUACCUGUGAGUUAAAAUGGCUCCCCAUAUGGCUGGCUGGUCCUAUCACAGUUAUGAACGAAAACUACACCAGGUGUUCUUCCUCAUCAUUCGAGAAACUACGUGAAAAGCCACUGAUGUCAUUUAAACCAGGAGAAUUAUGUGGCCCAAACAUCGCUCUCUAUUGUUCACUUCCUAUUGUAACCACAUGGAUUAUCAUAGUUUUGGUCUUUGCCUACCGUCACCGAUGGUUCUUGAAAUAUAAACUAUUCCUCCUGAAAAUGGCAGUCAUUGGCUAUCGGGAGAUCCGAGAUGCUCGAGAUUUUGACGAUUACGAAUUUCAUGUCAACAUUAUGUUUGCCGAGGAGGACGAAGAGUGGGUCAGAGAUCGCUUCCGUCCAGUCUUAGAAGAACUGCUUCCGGAAUACGAGAGGAAGCUCUAUGGUGAUGAUGACCUUCCGUUGGGUAUGCAUUACUAUGAUGCAGUGCAUUACGUCGUUGAGAAGAGCUACAAGACCAUCGUGUUGGUCAGUAGGGCUGCUAUCCAGGAUAACUGGUUCAUCAUCAAGUUUCGAACCGCUGCGGAUCAGGUCAAUGACACACAAAUAGAGAACAUGGUGGUGAUCUUCCUGGAGGAUAUUCCAGAUGAUGAGCUUCCAUUCUUGGUGAGGCUGUACCUGAGUGAUCGUAAGCCAUACCUCAGCUGGGAGGAGGAGGAGGGGUUUCAUGAGUACUUCUGGCAAAAACUUACCAAGAUGUUGAAGAUAAAUCUGAGAUGCAACAAUGUCAUCCCUCCCGAGUAACAGCAUUAAAAUACAGUUGUCAAAACACAUUUCUUUA